UUCAAAAAUGGAAGAUCUUUGGCUGCGCGGUGUUAAAUCGUUGAAGGGUGGAGAGGAGUAUGUUUUUUUUCUUCAUCAAUCCAAGCAAAAGUCCAGUUCAUGACAACAAUCAAAUACACAACCAUAAUAAUAAUGACAGGAGGAAGAAAGAGGAAGCGGGGCAGUGCGUUCACAAUAGGUGUUCUCCCUCCCCUAAUUAAAAAAAGCAAGGAGCAAUGGCCUGAAUGUGGAAAAGAGAUUAGAAUUCGUUCGUCUCUCCAUCAAUUCUCUGUUUAAUGUCACUGAGCUCCAUUGUGUGAGAAGAGGACGCGUCAUCCAGCCGUAAAUUCGUGAUCAUAGAGCCUUAUUGAAGAGACUAGUGUGUGUUCGGAUGAAUUUUCUUCGCGCGCAUAACUAGGGAUCUGUUUUCGAAUGGAAGAGACUUAUCAGCAGGAUAAAAAAAAUACAUUUGUACUUAUGUCCUUCUUUGCGGGGAAAAAGGACCUGGUUUCCCACGAUUAAAAUAGUCAAAGCGUGUGUGAUGUUCUGAACAUCAACCUCUCUGCCGACUGGAAAUGGAUUGUAAUUGAGCGUCGGGAAACUUGAGAAGCAUUUCCACCGUUUCCGCAUUUUAACAUCAGCGUUUCCAGGAUUUGUAUUUUUGGUUCGUGUCUCGCGUAAAGCUAAAUCGCGCUGUCCGUAUAUAUUUUUGGUUUGCAACACGGACGGUCGUUUGUAAUAGAAAAGAAUGAUCGGAGGCCACUAUUUAGUCUGGAAAAAUCAACGAUGUACUCUGAAUGCAAGACCUAAACUCCAGAAGGGAUUAUAAUAUUUGGGUUGCGUUUGACGCACUCCGUCUACUCCCUGGAUUUCGGAAUUAUCAUUUUUCGACGCAAUGGAAGGCCGGGAUUUCGCUCCUCCACCGCACCUACUGUCUGAACGGGGCGCGUUGGUUCACCGCGCCGCCUCUCGGAUUGCUUCUACCGGCCACAGUUCCGUACAACACCCCGGUCACUUCCAGCCUGGAAAAUAUUACCCAUCGCACAUCCCAAUGGCUCCUCACUCAGGCAGUGGACUGAUGGGGAACUCGUCUCCCUCCUUCACCUUCCUGGCCAGCAGUUUGGGGUCGCCCCCCUCACACCCAGCUCACCCCUCCAGACCCCCCUCCUCGCCCUCCUCGCCCUCGUUUCACAGCAGACCGCACUCCAGCGCCUCCCAGAUCUGGUUCCCACACUCACACGAAGCAGCCCCCGGGUAUCCCCGCUUCUCAGGAAGCCUGGCCCCUACCUUCCUUCCCAUGAGCCACCUGGAUCACCAUGGCAACAGUAGUGUCCUCUACGGGCAGCACCGUUUCUAUGACACCCAAAAAGAGAAUUUCUAUCUCCGAAGCCUCCCUUCCCAGCCCCCCCUCCUCUCAUCCAAUCACAGCCUCCCUCCCCUCCCUCGGACGGCGACGGGGCACCCCCUGGGGUCCUGCAGCCGAGAGCGGGACUCGGGGGGAGGGGUGCUGAAUAAGGGCCCAAAGGAGGGGGAGGUCGAGCGGGGGCCGGUCCAGGGCCACAAGGAGAAGGAGAGAGCCGGUGGCAAACAGGACGCCAAGGAGAGGCAGCACCACGGGCUGCACCCACCUCCCCACGCCCAGCACCACCACCCCCACUACCCUCAGCACGCUGCCCCGCUGGAGGAGGACGGGAGCCGGGGGAUGGGGUACAAGGAGCACCCCCUGGCCCGCGCCAAGCCCCUGAGCGCCUGCCUGCUGAACGGCAAAGUGGCGGGCGGGGAGUCGGGGGCCGGCGCAAAAGGCUCCCUGUCCAGCUGCGGGGGGGCAGGGGGCGGGGCCGGGAGCAGCGCCGCCGCCAGGCACAUGGGGGCGGGGGCAAACGGGCGCUGCGGCAAAGAGGGCGUGAGCGGGGAGAUGCGGAUCAGCGAGCACCCGUCGGACUGUCUGGAGAGGGGGCAGGUCCUCCACCACUCCGUGCCCUAUUCCGUGCCCCCGCCUCUGCCCGUGGGUCCCGCGUCGGGAGGGGGCAACCCCGGGGGCUUCCACUGCCUGCAGCUGCACCCCGGCCACGCCCACCACGCCCCCCAACCUCACCCCCACCACCCGCACCACCCCCACCACCCGCAUCACCACCACCACCACCACCACCACCCGCCCGACUUCUACUGCCCGCCCCCGCACCCGCACCCGCCCGCCCCGCUCGCCAACCCCUCCCCGCACGAGAAGGGGCCGCCCGCGGGGGGCCGCGACCCCAAGGUGACGGGGCCCACCUUCGUGCCGUCCGUGGGGCACCUGGGGGAGAAGGGCGGAGGGCCCUUCCAGCUGGGACACCCGGACUGCCGCGGGGCGGGAGGGGGCGGAGCCGCCAAGGACAGGGGGAUGGAGAAGAGCGGCGGCGGAGGCGGGGUCCCGCUGCCCCACCCCUCGGGCAGCUGGCAGAGGAAACAGCAGCAGCAGCAGCAGCAGCAGCAGCAGCAGCAGCACGCGUACGGGAAAGCGGACAAGGCCCCUGAUUGGCUGCAGCCGCACCACCAGCACCUGCAGCAGCAGCAGCCGCAGCACCAUCAGCACCCGGGCCCCCGGUCCCGCAGCGCCGACUGCAUCAGCAACGCCGCCGACGUGGACGUGUACCGGCCCUCGCUGCCGCAAGGGGCCAAGGGCGGGCACUCGGGGGGCGCGGUCGGCGCCCUGGCCUACCAGGACUGCUCACUGUCGGGACCGCCCCCCGGCACGCCGCCCCGCGACGCCAAGGCCGCGCCCCAGCAGGGCGGGGGGGGCGUGUGCGCCAUGCAGCGCGACGGCGGGCAGAAGGUCGCCCGCAUCCGCCACCAGCAGCACAACAGGGCGGGGCCCGACGGGGCGGAGCUGGCGCAGGCCGGGGGCGGGCAGGACCACGCCAAGCGGAAGAUGGACGCGCCCUCCCUCGGCUACGGCGGCCGCGGGCACCAGCAGCCGCACGGGCAGCAGCAGCAGCAGCAGCAGCAGCAGCUGGCGUCUCUGCCACCCUGGGCGGUCAGGGCCCACCACAUCCACCCUGAGGAGGAGCAGCGCAAGGCCUGCCUGGAGUCGUUUGGAGGGGGCGUGGCCGGGGGCGGGGUCAGACCUCAGGGCCAGCAGCAGCAGCAGCAGCAGCAGCAGCAGCCAGGGAUGGGCCUGUCCCCCAGCCCCCAGGACCUGCACGGGCCCCAGGGCGAGGGCAACGCCAUGAAGAGUCUGCUGAAGUACAGCAGCCAGCAGCAGCCGCUCCUGCUCUCCCAGAAGAGCCCCUUCGGCGGCCUCGGCACGCUGAGGAACGGGAGCGCGAGCGCGAACGGGAGCGGGAGCGGGAGCAGCUGCGUCCUGCAGGGCAGCAAGCAGGCCCUGCCCCCGCGGAAGGGCCCGCCCAACGAGGGCGACCGGCCGGACUGCGGAGGGAGAGCCCGGGAGGUGGCGGAGGUGCACCCGGGCGAGGGGGAGGUGCGCCAGCCCCCCGUCGGCAUCGCCGUAGCCGUCGCCAGGCAGAGGGAGCCGCCCUGCCGCCCCCUGGACGGUCACGCCAGCCAAAGCCGCCAGGGCAGGGUGCUACCUGGCAUGAAAGGCGUGUCGCGUUCCGUGUUUCCGUUGGACCCGGAUGGAGACGAGGAGAGGAAGAGGCUGUGUGGAGAGCAGCUCGGCCUGUCCUGCCUGGACCGAGAACGAGAGCUGCUUAUCAGGGACAACAAGGAGAGGGUUGAAUUCGCCAGGAUCCAUCCCUCUAGCAGUUGCCACGGUGAUCUCACCUCUCAUCUCAUGGUGCCCAGCGGGGCUUCCUUACAGUCCAGCCAAUUGGGUGCAGAUCCUGCUGCCCACGCCCAUCCUGCCCAUCACCAUUGGAUGCCACGGACAGGAAGUCCUUCCUUGUGGAUGACAGGCCACUCCUACGGGAUCGGCCACACGGCGCUGCACCAGAACCUUCCGCCGGGCUUCUCCACGGCCAUGGCCAGCCCCCUGCAGCCGGUGCUGCCGCUGCCCCAGGACCCGUCCGCGCAGCUGGUGGUGCUGCCCGCCGAGCCUCCCGCCCACCUCGAUGUGAUGGAGCAGCCUGGUCUGUGGCCCCCUGUGUACGGAGCCCGGGGCCCCCCCUCUCACAUGCAGCACCCCGCUGUGUACUCUCGCUCCCCGUUUCUACGGCAACAGGAGCUCUACGCCCUGCAGCAGCAUCAGCACCAGCAACAGCAGCAUCACCAUCAGCAUCAUCAUCAUCAUCAUCACCAUCAGCAGCAACCGCAACAGCAGCACAGAGAGAACCAGGCCAUAGAGCUACAGCACAGACACAGCCACUCACAGGUGCAGAAGAAACCGGAGGAGCCCCCGAUGGAGCUGGAAGACCUGCUGCAGGAGCCCAGAACCCCAAAACCCGCAAAGCCCUUCUCCUUCACCCCAUCCAAUAAGAACACCCCUUCCCCCGGGGCCUGCUCUGCCCACCUGUCCCCCUGCUGUCGCUCUCCUUCCCUGCGCCCCCACCCCAAAAGUACGCCCUGCACGCCCUGCCCCGCCCCCAGCCCGGCCGCCGCUGCCCCGCACUCUCCCGCCCUCAGCCCCGCCCCCCCACACGCCUCCAAAGGGGUCGAGUCGCAGGACAAACGAGGGGAGGGGCAGCCACCGCAGGAUUACCCACAAUCCCUAGAGCCUGAUUUACCACCUGGCUACACCUAUCCAGCCAUCGCCAUGGGUUACAGAAGUGGCCCGUCCCCCCAGGACGUCCGAUUGGCCGAGCCUGCGGAUCUUGAGGCAGUGCAGGUGGAGCCAGCAGAGCCGGCCCCUCGGCCAAUCCCUGACCUCACGGAUGACUGCGAGCAGGAGGUGGGGCUGAGGGCACUCCCAGAACAGCAGGAUGAAGAAGAGGAAGAGGCGGCCAGGGGGGUGGAGUCAGGUGGGGGUGGAGUUGUGGAAGUAGGAGGGCUCACCGGCUAUUGUGCCCAAUCAGAACUGGAGCAAGAACAGGAGGAGCUGUUUGCCUGCCCUGCCACAGAGGGCGGGGUUCUGCAAGACACGCCCUGUCCCACCCCUCCAUCUGUGGUGGUAACCCAGGGAGAUGACCUAUCUGUGACCCACGGGAAUGUGGUGGAGGAAGAGGCGGUGGAUCAGGUGGAGGCCGCCAUUGAGAAGCCAGAGGAUGGAGGGGUCCUAGAGCCAGACGCCCCUGUGGACGAUGCCCACUCCCCUGGAGCGGCCACGGACGAGGAACAGGGGAGGGGCCUCCCCCCGCGCGAGGGCCAAACCCCGCCCGCUCCUUCCCCGUGCCCCGCCCUCCCCCCGCCCUUCAGCUGCUGGAGCCUGGAGCUCCUGAUCGCCGCCACUCUCUGUGCGGACAGAGACACGCCCCCUCCCGCGCCCGCGGCCUCGUCGCUGCCCUGCGGCGCCCCCUUCUGGCCCAGCCAUCACGGCAUGGAGCUCCUGAGCGAGCUGGCCGAGCUGGAGAGGCAACAGCGCUGCAGCGGCGCCAGCCAGGGAGAGGAGUUGACCUUUGACCUCCAGAGCCUGGCCACCCUGGCAGCCGCCCGGGCACUGGAGAUGGAGCCCCAGGAGGGCGUGGCAGAGGGCGCGGGGCGACACUGCCCGGUCCGCAGGACCCUCAACCUGCGCAGGAAGUGCACCUGGACGCCACGUCACGAACCGGUCUUUCCAGUGAAGGGUGCCAUGGAGACGAUGGACGGGCCGGAGCUGGCCAUGCGGGUGCGUCUGGCGGAGCUGCAGAGGCGCUAUAAGGAGAAGCAGAGGGAGCUGGCCAAGCUGCAGAGGAAGCACGAGCACCAGAAGGAGGAGACCCCGCGCAGCCCUGCUCGGCGAGGACCCGGCCGCCCCCGCAAGCGGAAGUCCACCCCCGGGCCCCUUCCCGGCGCUGUGCCCCCGGCCGAUUCGCCGAGGAGAGUCAAGUCUCUGGGGGGGCUCGGCCUGUUGCCUGACGACCUGAGAGGGGGCGGAGAGACUCCGAGGAAGAAGAGGAGGCUGUCCAAUGGGAGCUUUGACCAGCUGAGCGCGGCCCAGAUGAAGGGGCGAUGCUGUAAGCAGAAUGGGCGUCAGGGCGUACUCGGGUCCAAGCUGGCCCAGUUCAAACAGAGGCCCAAAACGGCCGUGGGGCCGGGGUUCCGCCGACGGGGCACCCCUGGGUCCAGCGUGGGCCCCGCGCGACUGUGCCAGAGGGGCCCCAAGUCUGAGCACAGACUCAGCGUGGAGUCUGGGGGCCAAAGUGACACAGAGGAAGAUGAGGAUGAAUGCAGCUAUGACAGUGAGGACGGGCCGGGUGACAUCAAAGCGAUGCCUUCAAAGGACACUUCCGCAAGUUUGGCCAUGACUGGCCCCUCCCCGUCCUCCAUUGUGAAGUUGGAAGCCAAUCAGAAAGCUAGGAACAAGAAAGAGAGACAGGGACUUCAUGGGUCGCACGGCGUGGCCGGCGCGGAAGGCGAGGUGAAGGUGAGGGCGAAGAAGAGCGCCCUCCGCAGGCCAGCGCCCUUGGCCGCGGCCAGGAGGGAGCCGCCGGGGGCGAGGAGGAAGCGCGGGCCCAAGCCCAAGGCGCUGCAGCCGCUGUGGGGGAGGCCGGGGCCCGGGGGCGGGCCCUACCGGCGCGCGGCGGCGCUCGGGAGCCUGCCCACGGCGAGCGAGCGUCUGAAGAGGGCCACGCGCAAGAGCACGGCGCUGCGGGGGCUGCCCGGGGCGGUGAGCGCGAGGAGAAGCUGUUGGAUUGGCCGGGCACAGUCUCCCUCCAGUGAGGAGAACAGCAGGGACAGGAGAGGCAGGAGCAAGCAGCCUAAGGGCCGUGCGGUGAGUCGGCUGCUGGAGAGCUUUGCGGCGGACGAGGGCUUCCGGAUGGACGAGGACGGCAGCUUCUCUGAGGGAGAAGGGGACAGCAGCCACUCAAAGCGGCCCUCCAAUCCGCAGAGGAGCCCCCCAGCUGCCCCUGACUGUGUUCUGACCAAAGAGCGGCUGGCGGACGGACUGAAGGUGUUGAUCUCCAAGGAGGACGAGCUGCUGUAUGCUGCCACCGUCCGAACACUGGAACUGCCUGACAUCUACAGUGUUGUGAUUGAUGGGGAGAGAGGAAACCGCCCGAGAAUCUACUCCCUGGAACAACUCCUGCAAGAAGCGGUCCUGGACGUGCGUCCGGAGACGGAGCUGAUGGUGCCGGCGGGGACGCGGGUGUGCGCGUACUGGAGCGAGCGCUCGCGGUGCCUGUAUCCCGGAUACGUGCGCAGAGGGGGCGCCGGUGAGGAGGGCAAGGAGGGAAGCGUUAUGGUGGAGUUUGACGAUGGAGACAGAGGUCGGAUCUCUCUGCCCAACAUCCGCCUCCUCCCGCCAGACUACCAGAUUCACUGUGCGGAACCGUCCCCUGCCCUGCUGGUCUCCGGACGCCGCGGCCGCAGAAGCUCCGCCCAGGAGAAGUCGACGCCCAGCGACGCAUCGUCCGAGAAGCCGGACGCGGAGACGAUCCAGACUGUGGAGAAGACGGCCAUCCACAAGGCCAGGAGAGGCCGACCGAAAGGCUCAGGGAAGAAGAACCCCAUGUCGGACAUGGUGAAAAAGUGCAGCGCCCCACUCUUCAGCUGGCCCGCCAUGGCCGCCCCCCGAAAGAGGACCCCGCACGACCUCUUCCAGCUGAACGGGGGCCCCAGGAGGCCCCUGAAGGGCCGCGAUCUGGAGGCCUUCCCGCUGGCGCCGGCCCCCAUCGCCGCUCCGGCCAAGGCCAUCUUCAGCAGCUCCUUCGAGGUGGACUCCUUCAGCAGCAUCGCCAACGGCUACUCCUCCUUCGGCCGCCAGCCUGCCGCGCUGCCCCCCCUCACCAGCAACAGCGCCCCCUGCAGCCGGGGCAGGAGGCCCGGCGAGGGGGACGCCCCGCGGUGCAGGAAGACCGGGGGCGCCGAGUUCCUGGUCAAACUGGACCACGAGGGCGUGACGGCCCCCAAAACGAAGAACAGCAAGGCCUUGCUGUUGCUGGGGGCGACGGGGCCGGGGGGCAGAGUGGAGAAGGGUUUCGGGGGCAGGGGCGUGUCUCGCCCCGUGGGUUACUCCCACCCGGUCCUGCUGGUGAAGGACAGCAAGACCGGCGACGGCACCCGCGUGGAGCUCCUCCUGAAGGGGUCGUCCCCGCUGCAAAAGCCCGCCCCCGGCCCCGCCCCCGCCCCCGGCCCCGCCCUCUCCCUGGGCGAGUACGCCGACUUCGGCAUCAGCUGCCACAGCGACUGCCACAGCUCUUACUCGGACAUGGACGAGGACGAAGAGGAGGAGGAGGAAGAGGAGAGGAGGGCUCUGGCCGCCGCCGCCGCCUCGGGAGGGCUUAGGACGGCCGGCCGCUUCCUCUCCCGCCUCUCCGUCUCCUCCUCUUCCUCCGCCUCCUCCAGCACGUCUUCCUCCGGCUCCCUCUCCAGCUCCUCGCUCUGCUCCUCGGAGAACGACUCCUCCUACAGCUCGGAGGACGAGGAGGGCUCCACGCUGCUCCUGCAGGGCUGCCUCUCCUCCCACCACGCGCUGCUGCAGCCCCCCGAGCCCCCUCCGCCGCAGCGGGCCUUCGUCGCCAAGGCCGUGGCGGUCACCAGGGGCGGGGCCGUCGGGCACGGCGUCGGCGGCGGCAAGCCGCUCAAGAGGAAGCCGUGCCCCGCGGCCCCCGUCAAGAACGCCGGCGAGGCCGACGAGUCCGGCGACGGGCCCAAGCGGCACCGGCUGCCGCCGCCGGUCGGACACCCCAUCCCCAAAAUCUCCUCCUUCCUGCCCCCCCACCAGCUCUGGAGGUGGUCUGGGAACCCCACACAGAGACGGGGGAUGAAGGGGAAAGCGCGCAAGCUCUUCUACAAAGCCAUCGUGCGCGGCCGGGACACGGUGCGCGUGGGCGACUGCGCCAUCUUCCUGUCCUCCGGCCGCCCCCACCUGCCCUACGUCGGCCGCAUCGAGAGCUUCUGGGAGUCCUGGGCCAACAUGGUGGUGAAGGUCAAGUGGUUUUACCAUCCGGAGGAGACCAAGAUGGGCAAGAGGCACCGCGAUGGCAAGCAUGCCCUGUACCAGUCGUCUCACGAGGAUGAGAACGACGUGCAGACCAUCUCGCACCGGUGCCAGGUGGUGAGCCGGGAGGAGUACGAGCGUCUGAGCCGAGACAGGAAGCUGUCAGGCGCCGGGCCGGGCCAGGACCUCUACUACCUGGCCGGCACCUACGACCCCGGCAGCGGCCAGCUGGUCAGCGCGGACGGCGUGUCCAUCCUGUGCUAGCGAGAGCCCACCCCCUCGGGCAGUACUACUGACAGGCCUCUCCCCAUUGGCUCAGGCUUGGCGGGGGGGGCGGGGCGUUCGCGGUUUUCAUCGACAGGUGGCGGUGUGACUGUGAGGCGCCAAACGGCCCGCCCACGGGGAAGUCGCCGUGAUUGGCGGCGGGAGCGCCCAAUCGGAGGGCUCCGGCUCAGC